CAGUACGCAUGGUAUUUGGCAUUAGACUGACAUCAAAUAUAAAGUCGGGCAGUCGACUUCGGGUUUUAAAAAGUAAUGUGAUUUGGAAAAAGCCGGCAAAAGGAGUAUUCAGUUUUCAAAAUGGCGGCGAUUCACUUUUUCAUGAUGCUGCUUGUAGCAAGUAGCUUAUCAGCGAAGGAGAUCGGCAAAGCGAAAGUGUCAGAACUCCUCGAGAACGGCAUAAAAGACGAGCCCGCAGUCAAGCCGGUGAAGCGAGGGAUCAUCUCCACUGGCCACGGGUACGGAGGCAUCGGAUACGGUUCAGGGAUUGUAUCAUCCGGUCACGGAUACGGUGGAAUCGGCCUAGGAUACGGCUCAGGGAUUGUGUCAUCCGGCCACGGAUACGGAGGACUAUCCAGCGGUAUUGGAUAUUCGUCUGGAAUCGUUUCCUCUGGAAUUUCCUCGGGUAUAGCUCUCGGCGGAGGCAUUGGUGGAGGAAUCAUUGGAGGAGGCGCUGGGAUAGCAGUAGGAGCUGCCCCAGUAGUGGCAGCUGCACCAGCAGUUGCAGUUGCCGCCGCCCCAGCAGUCGCAGUAGCGCCCGCCGCCGUCCAGACAUCCGUCUCAGUGCAACCCAACCCCGUAAUCCUCCGCCAAGAAGUCCCUAGAUUCAUCACGAGGACAAUCACCAGAGACGUCCAAGUACCGGUCCAAGUACCGGUCCCAGUACCGGUUGACCGUCAAAUACCCGUACCAGUGAGAGUCCCCGUACCUGUGCCAGUCGACAGACCGUACCCAGUCAUCCAGAAAGUACCAGUCGAGGUGACGAGGCAAGUGCCUGUGUAUUAUGAGAAGAGAGUACCUAUCCCUGUGAAAGUGCCAGUGUCAGUCCCAGUGCCCUACCCUGUCACAGUUGAGAAGCAAAUUCCAGUGGACCGCCCGGUGUACGUCGACCGUCAAGUGCCAGUGCCUCACCCAGUUUACGUCGACCGUCCAGUGAAUGUGCCAGUGCCCGUGCACGUAGACAGGCCAGUGCCAGUGCCUCACCCUGUCGUCGUCGACAGGCCAGUGGCUGUUCCACAGCCCGUUGUCGUUGAGAAACCAGUAGCAGUACACUCUGUGCCAGCAGUCUCCACUGGUGUGGCGAUUGGUACCGGCUUGGGCUACGGCGGUGGGCUCUCGUAUGGAGGCGGUUUGUCAUACGGCGGCGGAGUAUCUUACGGUAGCGGACUGUCCUACGGCAGUGGUAUAUCCUACGGCGGUGGACACGGUCUCAUAGGAGGUGGCCACGGUCUCAUAGGAGGCGGAAUCUCAUCUGGAAUCAUAUCCGGCCACGGCUUCUCGUCUGGCCUUUCCGGUGGAUACUCAAAAAUCAUUAGCCACUAAGUUUAUUCGUUAUAGGAUACCCAAAAUGUACAAGUCAAUGAUUUUAGAUUAGCUCUUGUAUUAAAUUUUAUUUAAAAACAUUUUCGUUUCACAA